GUGCCAAAAGAAUAUUCCGCCAAAAAGCGCCCAGACCAUCAACCGCAAGGAUCACGAAGCAGUUCGACAUCGCGAGAAGAGGUGGAGGAGACACAUAUCCAGAGAAAUCACAGCAACCAUGUCGUGCAGGCAAUGGCUCUCCUCGGCCGUGCGCCAAUGCCAAUCCAGCCUGGCGCAACAUCAACAACCACGAGCCUUCUCGACGACGCCCGUGGUAGCCGUCCGCGACAUCUUCAGUGAUGGCCCGUCGAAGCCGGUCAUGCGGCCAAAGGGCCUCCGGUCGAGCUCGGACUCGAACCCGAACGAGGCCCUCCACGGGCUGCUCACCGCCGGCAUGGAACGGGGCGGCCCGCUGUCGAUGGAGGAGCAGCGCCGGGUGAUGGAGCAGCACGGGACGCAGGCCCACAUCAAGGACAUGCGCCAGAACCUCACCACCGAGAGCUACGUGCGCCAGAUGCCGCGCCGCUGGCGGACCGGCGAGGUCUACUCCCCGCGCGACAUGAAGCCCGCCGAGAUGAGCAAGUGGCGCCAGGGGCGGCCGCCCAACAAAGAUAUGGUCGACAUCCUGGGCUUCAGUCCGCUGGACAACUACCGGAACUUCUCCCUCAUCUCCGAGUUCAUGACCCCGAUGGGCCGCAUCAGGCACUCGACCGACACCGGGUUGCGGCCCGUCAACCAGCGCAAGAUCGCCAAGGCCGUGCGGCGGGCCAUCGGCAUGGGCCUGCACCCGAGUGUGCACAGGCACCCCGAGAUCCUGCGCCUGCGCCGCCACGGCAUGCCGACCGCCGCCAUCCCGACGCCGGCAGACCCGUCGCAGAACAGACUAUGAGCGGGGUGUAGAGGGAUAGGCUAGCAAGACAGACUAGGCCGUAGGGAGCGGCGAGGAGCUGGGGUGUAGGAAGGUGCCAUGCCAAAACCCACCAGAAGACCUGUAUUUGUACGAUACCAUGGACGUAACCAAACUGUGGGCAUGGCCAGAGCCCAUCCAUGGCACGGCACGGCGCCAUUUUAUGUAUAGACGUUCUUAUACAUUGUACAAAUUUUACAGCCGGAUCGAUACUGAACAUCGACCCACCACCAACGCCACUGGCACACCACCACCGACUUACACA